AUGCGUCCACGCUCUCAUGCACUCACUCCGGUGAACGCUUCAAUGAUGAAACCUAUAUCCGAAAAUUCGCUGCCAUACACUGAGAGCGACAAUUCGGCCCGAGAUGCGCGUCAUGGGCGUAACACCACCGCUUCUACUGUUUCCUGUCACUCAAAUCAUUAUGACAAGUCUAUGAUCGAAGAUGGUGUUCAAAUGCGCGACUUCUCUUCUCCCACUCCGAGCAAGUCUCGUGGUAAAAGCCUCGAUCCAAACAGAUUCGUCGCAGAACGUCCCUCUCGUCUCAAUGCAAGUGUUUGCACGGGACUCACAGUCUCCAAGACCGACAAUUUGUCUGUUGAUGAUCAAGCCACUUCGGAGUGGGAAACUGUCGCCGGAGACGAUGCGCCUGAAACAUACCCAGAAGCUUCAACCAAGUCACUGAGACGCCAGAGGAACCUUUUUGGUUACAACCCACAGAAAGAAAACAUACAGACCAACCGCAACGCCUGGGCACCACAAACGGAGAGCUUUGAGCUUGUCUCACACUCUGGCCCGUCCGUGCGAGUGCACCCGAGAUCUUCUCCUCGUUUGCAAUCGUUUCACUCUUCAUCCAGUUUCUACAGUGACCUGAGCAAGCAAAGUGAAUUAGGCCGUGGCAAAGACGCGAACAUCUACGAGAAAUCUCCCAUCCCUUGCGAUCCCGAAGAUUUCGCAACGGACAAUCGUGCUCAGCAAGAAACCGAGAGCUACUCCCAUGCCUCGUCCGAUAGCCAUGACGACCCUUUCAAGUAUGACAGUGAAGUGUACUCGGGAUUUCUCCGUCCAUCGGCCGAGAGAGAAAAUGUCGAUGAAGAGGUUAAAGUUCCGGUUCAUCGGGAGGGAGACCAAGACACGCGCCGUGUUCCAGUCCCCGAUAGGCGACUGACCGGUGAAAUUGCUACUCUCGACAAGAGCAGACCUCAUACUGGUACCGAGGGCGAUUGGCAGACUGUCACUAGCGAACAAGCUUUCAACUCUAUGCAGCAGGAAUACCUUGACAGCAUCGUAAAAGGAACUGGGAGCAGUCUUGCUGAUGUGUCUGAUGUGACGGAGCGCGGCCCUCAACUUCGUACAUACAGCUCUACAGACAGAAUCAUCCGUCACCCUUACGGCGACAACCCUUAUGAUUCGUACCACGUUCGUCGCGACAGAGGAAACAACCUCACCGUUUCUGUUCCACGCUAUGGAGGUGGCCCAGGGACGUUUGCAAGCAACACAGCUCGAAAUUUCGUCCAGCCCAUGUCCAGAUUGCCGGAAUCAGCGGCUCGACUCUCCAAUAUCUUUCGCAGAGAUCAAAAUGAGCAGACAACUGAUGGUCAUGGUAUCCUCCUCUCCGAUCUGGAUCCCAAAAGGGCAAGCUACCAGAGCCUCGACUCCGAUGCAAUUCCAAGCGGCAAUGCCGCAGAUUCAAACUUGCCCAAUGACCAAAAGUUUUUCAGCUGGAAUCGAAUUCGCGAAACUCUUGGGCGAGAGCCACCCAAGACCCCUCUGACCAUUCUCGAUCAGCCACUGUAUAGACAUGGUAUACAAGACUCUGACAAUUCCCACAAACCGAAGCACAUUCCUCACGAUGAUUUCCUCAAACAGCUUCCAUCAUUGCCUUUCCCUCUCGUCAGUCUUCCUGAAGCUCAAAUGCUGCAGCGGUUCAAAAGACAGAGAGGUGAAGAGGAUCACACCGAGAGUGCACGUAACUUCGCUGCCCGUGGAAGGCCAAACACUAUCAGCACUGCUGCCUCGCCGGGACUCCCUGUUACUCCCCAUCCUCCCAAGAGAACCUUCUGGGCCAUCUCUCACCCGGGCGAUAUUGCACGGCCUGCACCGACUCAUCAGCCCCAGGGACUGCGCCAGAGGUUCCGUCGCCGCGAUUCGAGCGAGAGAAUUUCCGAGAUGCUCGUUUCGUCUUCCGCUAUCCUCGACACUCCACCAUCCACGAAGCCCAAGUCCAGCACUCAUCGGGCGUGGUAUCGAGGACUACAGCCGAGCUUUUCAACUCCUCGUACCGGACAGACCCAGCCUCGUGGGUUUUCCUCAAGCACAAGGUCCCGUCAAACCAGCAGAUUCCAGCCAGACUUUGAACCUCUCGAUGGAAGCCCCUUCACACUGGCCGAGACUCGCCUUAUCGAAGAGGCCCGCGAGAACAUGUUCUACCACCGUCAGCGAACUGACAUGAUCGCCGAACGAGGAAAGAGACUUUUCAUCUGGAUCAUGAUCCUGACUCUUUUCUUCCCGUUUAUCGGCCCUGUCGUUCUCUACGGUAAACUCAACUCGACCAUCUCGUGGUACACUCACGGGGAGAUCCAGUGCCUCACCCAGGAUCAGCGCGGAAUCCUCAAGCAGCAACUUGUUGUUGAGGCUGUCUUGUACACUGCUCUCAUCAUUACACUUUCCGUCCACUACUCAAUCUACAACUAG